GAAAAAUACAGCGAGAAAGAAAGUAAAAAGUUUUACAAACAAUGCAACAGGAGUAUUGGAAUAUUUCGCUGACGCAUUUAAGAUUAAUUCUUAAUAACUUAUCCUUGACAAAAUGUAAAUGUUCAGCUGAUUCUUUGAGAAGCGUGUCAUGAUAUUUAGAUAUUGACGCUGUUUCUACUAUCGUUAUAAGUUGAACAUUUCCUUAUCUCUAUGUGAGUGGUGAAGAUUGAAUAUGAAUUGUUAUUUAAAUCCAAAUGUUUUAUUAGGAUUUUUGUGCAACUGGUAGGUGGGAUAUGUCAUUUUAUAGUGUUAAAAAUGCUAUUUAGAUAUUGACGCUGCUUCUACUAUCGUUAUAAGUUGAACAUUUCCUUAUCUCUAUGUGAGUGAUGAAGAUUGAAUAUGAAUUGUUAUUUAAAUCCAAAAGUCUUAUUAGGAUUUUUGUGUAACUGGGGGAAAAAGUCGAAGAGCUAUCACAGCAAAGAGUCUUUAGCCGAAGCCCAAUCUAGUGAAACUGAUUCUGAUGCAAUUCAAAAAGAAGAACAAAAAACCGAACAGACAGACAAGAACAACCCAAUUGAAAAUUCAGAAAACAAUCGAAAAUCAUCAGAUUCAUCAGUAACGAGAGAUGAAGGCUCUGCUGGGGCUGAGAAGAAACUUCUGGGGCGCACCCUCACCCAACCCCAAGGCACAGAGCAAUAUAAAGUGGCAGAUUCGGAAACACUGGCGGGUAUCGCUGCCCGGUUUGACACAACGCCUUCAGAACUCGCCAAGCUCAAUAGACUCGCUGCCCGUAUAGUCUUCCCUGGACAGCUCCUUUUUGUACCGGAAAAGAGAAAUCGUGGAACAGAAAGUGGAGAAGGACAUGAUACGUCUGACACACUACUACCACCACAAGGGGAUGAGAGAAGAGCGAGCGUGACCGAUUCUCUUCGUAUUCCUUAUAGACGACACAGUGAGAGGACGCAUAGAUUCCUGAAAGUGAAAGCGAGACAUUUCACUGAUGGACAGGGCGUUGUAGCUGGCGUGUUAAUAAUUACUCCCAAUGCUGUGAUGUUUGAUCCCAAUGUCUCCGAUCCUUUAGUAAUUGAACAUGGGGUGGAGAGUUAUGGUGUCAUAGCACCUUGCGACAUGUUGAUGAGGGCUGCUAUCUAUUUUGAUAUAGCUCACAUGAAAGUUCAACAUGCCGCUGCUGAGACAACUCCCAGGCCAAAAGCAGAGGUGUAUUUCGGCAAAAUGACAGAAGAGGCUUUAGCUUAUGAAGAAGAAAUGAGAAGAGAUUCUUCGCAAGAGAAAGCACAAUUUGCACCUUCUGUCAACGAAGAUACUCAGAAUAUAUCUCCUCCUCUUAUAAAAGAUAUACCAACACCAUCGACUACUCCAGUCAAUGAAACAAGCCCAGAAAAUUCCCUUCCCGUUGAAAAUGAGGUUUCUUCGGAGCCUAUUAUAGGACCAACGGCCGUUGAUUCCGUAGACAGCUUUGAUGAAGAAGUAAGCAACGCUUUCGCUGCUUCAGAAAUUCAGCAGGAGAAGCAGCAGCCCUCUGAGAGCCGCAGAGAACGAGUGCUGAAGCGGCUUUCCUACCCCAUGGAGUCUAUCACCUCCAUCUCUCGUAUUCUCACCUCGUCGCCCAAGUCUUUCGUCGACUUUUCUGGAUCCCUUUUCUCUGGAUCUGUGAAGGGUGGCUCCGAGGAGGAAGAAGUCAAAGAGGAGGUGUGCGAGGAAGGGGCAGUGGAGGGUGGUCCCAGCAGGUAUCAGAAUCUUGUGGAAGAAAAGCCGGAAAUCUUCGAGGCACUCGACAAAUUGUUGAGCCAGAGGAAACCAGGUGAGGAUACAGAAGGUCCUCCCCUGUACCUGUGUUUGAGGAUGGGCAUACCGAAGGAGCGAAAGCCCCAGCCUUCGCCUGUCCUUUCUUACGGAAAGAAACGAGCACGUUCAGAAUAUUGGUUUUCUAUUCCACGAAGCAGGGUAGAAGAUUUGUAUAAUUUCCUACAACAAUGGAUACCAAGUCUCUAUGGUGAUGUAGAUGACGUGGAUCCUGAUGAAGCUGGCUUCAUACCUAUUGACGAUUCUGCUCCUGAUGAGGAAGAGGAGGAGGAGGAGACAGAAGAAAAGCAAAGUGAGGAUGGGGGAGAUAAAGAGGCUCCAAGAUCUUUCCUCAAACUAGUGGAAGAGCACUUCGGUUUUAAAAGUGGUAUCAGUCCUGGGGACUGGGAAGUAUUAUCGUUGGGAGAGAUGGAAAAGUUGGAUUAUAGCGAUUUAGAACUUCCUCUUCCUGACCUCCUAGCGCCUUCAGAGAUCUUCCAAGAAGACCACAUUAAAGAGCUGUAUACCCUGUUACCUGCAAGGGCGGUUGGGUACCCGUGGACUAGAAUUUAUUCGACGUCAUCGGAUGGUUUUCACCUGAAGAGCCUUUAUAGGAAAAUGACCGAAUUCGAUAGUCCUGUCAUUCUUGCCAUAGAAGAUACAGAUGGAGCUGUGUUCGGAGCUUUGCUGUCAUACCCCCUCAGGCCCAGUGAUAGUUUUUAUGGAACUGGGGAAUCUUUUCUGUUCACAUUCCACCCAGCUUUUAAGAUUUUUCGGUGGACGGGAGAAAAUGAUUAUUUUGUGAAAGGAAACAUGGAUAGCAUUUCUGUUGGAGCUUCAGAAGGUCACUUUGGUUUGUGGAUCGAUGGCGAUCUCUAUCGAGGAAGAAGUGUCCGGUGCCAGACUUACGACAACGAUACUCUGGCGUCCUCGAGUGACUUCAUAAUCAAAACCCUCGAAGCCUGGGGAUUCGCCUAAUAGUAGAAUCUAGUCCGCUGUGUGUGUGUUUUUCUAGUCAAAUAGAAUCAGCCGUAGACCCAUCCUCACAGCCGGCGCUUCCUCCUUUUUCUCGAGCAGCCCUUUCAACAAGGACAUAACAUUUUUUUGGUUUUCUCCAGCUCGACGACCAAUCCUCUCCCUGGAAACGCCGGUCAGCAAGAAUAUCCCAAAGAAAUCCAGAAACGGAGCGUGUCAGUCCGCACAGUCGUUACGUAUAGUUCUAGAUAGGCGUCGCCGGACGUUUAGUGUUGCAAAGAUGUUUUGUCUACUGCUGAAUUUCACAGCCACGUUCAUCAUUCUUAAAAUCCUGUUAUUCUUUUUUUGGAACAGUUAAUUUCUCUUGUAUGUGAUUUUUAUUGGGUUUCGAACUCCUCAGUCGCAAAACGGGGGAAAUUUACACGAUUUACUUCCUGAAAGUACACCUUCUGGAAAAUCUGUUCAACGUUGAACCAUACUAUCAAUAAGUUAAACUAUGACACAGUGCGAAUUUACUGCAACCUUAAUAAUGCUUUAACUUGAACCCUAUUUCCGUGGACUGAAGUUUAAUCACGGUAUUGAGAAAUCAAGUGUAAAAACUUCGAUAAGUACCAUUUAUUAUUUUUUAAAAAUUGUCUCGGAAGUUUUUUUCUUCUUGUAUGUCAUUUUAUUGGUUUCGAACUUUUUACUCUCAAAACGGGUAAAAUUUACGCUAUUUACUUACUAAGCGUACAUUCUCGGAAAAACCGGUUCAAAUACAAAAUCAUAAUAUCAUGAAAAAGUCGAUGAACCAUAAUAUUUGUAAAUUAACCCAUAAUACAGUGCAAAUUCGCUGCAACCUCAAUAAGAGGGUAACUAGAACCAUGUUUCCGUUCAAGUGUAAUCAUAGUAUCGACUAUUCGAAGAAAUACGAUAAUAUGAUUCAGCUUAAUUUCGUAUUAAGGUUGCAGAAAAUUUGAAUGAUAUUAUGGUUCCAUGCGCUCCAAAAUUUCUAACAGUGAAUUCUUAAAAAAAGAUCAAAAUUUUCUUAAGGAAUUUUUAAGUAGAAAUCCCAAAAUUAAUUUUAUUCAUGGUGUUUUAAUUUUUAAACUAUAUGUAAGAAAAAAGAUUUUUGAUGAGAAAUAAGUUUGGUUUGAAUUGAAAUUUUUUAUCUCGCCUCUAUCGUUUCAUAGUGUUUUUCCAUCCACGAAUUUUAGUGUUAAAAAACGAAGCCUUUAAGUUAUUAUUUCUGAGCGAUAUUUAAAGUAUCAAGAGCGUAAUGGUGCUCGAAACUUUUGAACUCCAGUACUGCGUCUUUAGAAAAUCUGCAGGAAAAAAAACUAUCAACUUUCACUUAAACUGUUUAGUGUUUAUCUGCUUAAAUUUUAUAUUUCUGUGAUCAUUAAAAAUUUCUCGAUUCGAUCUCUUUGUUUUUGAAAUCAAAAGUUCCGCUUCGAUACUGGAAAGGCUACAAGCGCAUCUCCGCGAAUUUGUUUAUUCGAUGUAAGAACGUGGUUGAGGGAUCAGCUUCAUUAUUAAUGGAGCACUGAUUGAAAGUGAGAGAGAGAGAAAAAAUAUACUGAAGUUUUUAUGAUCUUUGUGAAUUAUUUUAUUUUUAACCUGUUUGUUAAUAUGAAAUUUAGUUUUGCUAUGAAUUGGAAUAUUUCAAAAAAAGGAAUGUGUGAUAGAGAGACAUGUGAUCGGUGGAUAAAGAAAAGUGAGAGAAAAACCUCCAAGUACAACUGAUAAAGCGAAUUUUGAAAAAAAAAUGAAUAUAUAAAAUUUGAGUCGACUGCUAACUUCUUCCCUUUCCACGUUUCCAGACGAGAAAAAAAAAGUAAAGAUAUGGAUAUAGAUAUAUUUGCCGGCAUGUUUUUAUCUGAAAACGCAAAAAGGGUGGCAAAAAAAGUCGCUCUAAGCGUUGUCGACCCCUCCUUGUCCAGAGUCGACACGACAAGAAUUGUCUUCCAAUCAGAGUUUAGACUCGAUGGCGACGCCCCUCAACUUUUUUCACAGGGUGACCUUUCACUAGAUGUUUUCGAGUUUGCCUCCUUGCGUCAAACAAGAGAGAGGAUUGUUUAAACUAUUUAAAGCGUCAACGCAAUUCUAGAUAUCACGAGAUUUCGUGAAAAAAUCAAAAUAUUUUUACUCUUUUUUAAUGAAAAGUAACCGUUUUUAUUCCAGGUUUUUAGGUAGUUUUAUACUAAAAAAAUUAUAGUAUUGCGGAUUUUUAAUGCUGUACCCUAUUUCCGAGUUAAAUACGUCAGUUUUACAGAGUUGUUGCUCACUUUUCGUAAUGUACCCGACAAAACUGUAUCCUCUGUUUGGUAGUCGUGAUAGAAUAAGUUUCAGUUUCGAUUAGAAUUCCGUUAGUUUUUAAACCCCAAACUUUAAAGAAAAUAUUUUGAAACGCUUUUAAAAAGAAUGUCCUACCUAUAUCGACAAAAUAUUUCUACAUAGACACCCUGCAGAAUUAUUGUCUGCCUUUUAUAAUCUUUCCUAUAUUAAUUCAAUCUCCUUUCAUAUCAACCAUUUUUACUAUUUCCCCGGAGCCGCGUCGCUGUACCACACUGAUCUCAAGCAUGGAUUGCAGAUUCAAUGCAUCAAAGCCCGUUUUGGCAAAGAAGAGGGAUCACCCCUAACCCUAGCAUUACAGGCUCUUCUGAAUAACUGAUGACAAAGACCAUAAAAGAAAACAAUACUCUGUUCAGCUAGAACUGAUAGUGGAAGUAAGGUUUUUCUGUUUAUCGCCAACCAUCUGCGAUUCCUUGCUGAUUCGGUAGUAUUUUUCUUACUUACCAUUGGCCAGAUGAGAGUUACUUGUCAUGACUUUGGCGUCAAUCUGCUAAUGGUAAUGCAGUAAUAAGCAUAAUUCGAUCAAUGAGGCCAUUUUCAAAGGAGUGUAGUCAUACAUUGAAAGCCCGUUCAGAUAGAGUCCUAUCAUAAAGAGAUCAGUGCAGUACCGUCUGGUUUUAUUUGCGAAAGUACCCUCGUAUACAGAUUUUAUCAACUCUAGGAUAAGUACACACCUGGUUCGAACGCAUCGAGUGGAAGGUCGCCAGUCUUUGAGACAAAAUGAAAUCAUUUUUAUUCCCACUACUUAUUUUUCUACGUAUGAUGCCCAAUCACCCACCUGGCAAUCCGAAGAGCCACCCUAAAAACACCCUCUUCCCAAUCCUUAUCCAUCGACCAAAGUAGUCGCGCCAUUGAUGUUUUACAGCCAAUAGGCAGGCAGCCAUCGUUUCUUCUGUGAGCUCUCGAAUCGCCAACAUAUUACAAUAUUUGCUUGAUUUACUUCCCUAAUGUAGUUUUGACUUAUAGAGUGCUUUAAAAGAAAUGGAGAUGCCUAUAUAUACAUAUAUAUUUUCUUAGUUUUGUGCUUUUAUCUCAUUAUCGAUGUCGAUAACCUCUUGAAAGUGUUUUUUCUUCUAAGUUCGACAAUCAAGCAAAAGAGUUUAUUCAUGUUUUUUCAUAUUUUUAAAAAAAAAAUUAUAACGAUACUAUAGGAUAUUUGUGGAUUUUAAAAAAUAUAUCGCCUGCAUUUACUGUAAAUAAUUUGCAUUCUGAACACUAUUCAAUUGAAUUCUUCUCGCACUUGUAAUAAUUCAAUUGGAUUUUUAACUGAAUUUGAUAGUGGGUGAAAAACUAAUAGUUAUUUUGAAAGUUAAAUGUUGGAGAAAUCUAACAAGGGAAAUCACGACAAUAACUUAUUGCUUCGUGUUGUUUAAGUUUAUAAAAACGCUUUAAAAAUCAUGUUUGGUAAGAUGGUGCCAUUAAAAAGCAGAAUGCAAAUUAUUAAACGCGAUCACUAUUUUGUGUGCAUAUUCAAAUCACGAGUGGCGGUUCGAGGCGAUGAGCUUGCUUGCAAUUGUAGAUAGAAUAUUAUAUUUUGUAGAGCUCUAUGGAUGUUGUAGUCUAAAGGACCAAAGGGUUGUCAACCUCAUGUCUGGUGCUCAUUCGGAGUUAUAAAAUUUAUUUUGUAGUUUA